CAGCAAAACACAACCUUUCUUGCAAACUUCCACGGAUCCGGAAGAACUACGCGGCAGGCGCCUGGUGCGACCAUGGAGACACGGAUAAAGCUGAAAACACUGAACGAACACAUCACCUGCGAAAUUUGCCGAGGAUACUUUAUCGAUGCAACAACUGUCACGGAGUGUUUACAUACGUUUUGCAAGAGCUGCUUGGUGAAGCAUUUAGAGGAAAACAAUACCUGCCCAACGUGCGAAAAUGUUAUCCAUCAGUCGCAUCCCCUGCAGUACAUCAGCUUCGACCGCACAAUGCAGGAUAUCGUGUACAAGCUGGUGCCGAAUCUUACGGAAAAUGAAAUGCAAAGAGAACGAGAGUUUUACAAGUCCCGCAACCUGCCGUGUCCAAAGGAUAUGCCGGCGGUGCCCGACUCCGACGAUAAGGCGAGCGAGCAGGUACACCAGGAAGCGGACUACCAUCGGCAGGAUGAGCAGGUGAACGUGUGCCUAGAAUGCAUCAACGACAAGCUGCGCGACCUGAAGCGACGGUUCAUACGGUGCAGUUCGCAGGCCACCAUCACGCAUUUGAAGAAAUUCCUCGCCAAAAAAGUGCUGGACGGUAUCGAUCGAUACAAAGAUAUCGACAUCCUGUGCAAUGAUGAGCUGCUGGGAAAGGACCACACGCUAAAGUUUGUGUACGUCACCCGAUGGCGCUUUAAAGAUCCUCCACUAAGGCUGCAAUACCGUCCCCGUGUCGAUCUCUAAAAAGCGCUGAGAAACGGGCACGCCACACAGUGGGACAAAGGGCGAACAUGUAGAUAAGGACGGCGUGUGUGCAGUUCCGGCGAGUUUCGGGCCGACAACAAGGUGAUAUCGCAGAACGCCGAAGAAAUGAUAGUUCUUUCUUUCAGUGGGGCUAACUGGAAGGCGUUUUCUUCCAUUGUAAACAAAUUGCAACAUAAAUAUGAUCACAAUAGGAGCGGCGAGUAGGAAAGAAUUAGGAAUGAUUUUAUUUUUUAUUUUUCGAUGAAGAUGUAUAUCUUUAUGUGUUAUUUAAGGCCAGAGUUUGUAAAUAGUGAUCGUUCGAGGCGGCAGAAUGUGGGGGGAUAUAGUUGAACGGAGAACAGAACAGAACAGCCACAGUGAGAUGCACUGCGCAUUGCUUAUAGACGGGAGAAGUAUCGCGCGCCUUGGCGAUAGCUCCCGGAGUGCAAAUAGAUCAAAACCACAAGCAAGU